AUGGAUUUUCUGGAACUAGAAGCGAUCGAAGGUUUACGUUGGCCAUGGAACUCGUGGCCAACCACAAAAUCCGAUUGUAAAUCUCUCGUCGUUCCUCUGAGCAUCAUGUAUACUCCAUUGAUGCAGUUCUCCGAGCUUCCCACGAUUCCUUAUGAUCCGUUGAUUUGCACUCGAUGCGGCGCUGUGUUAAACCCUUACGCUCGUGUUGAUUACCAAUCUCGAAUCUGGGCUUGUCCCUUUUGCCUGCUUAAAAACCCUUUCCCUCGCUCUUACGCCGGAAUCACCGAAACCAAUCUCCCGGCGGAGCUUUUUCCGACUUACAGCGCCGUCGAAUACUCUCCUCCGCCGCGUAAAUCCGUCUCCACCACGACUCCGACGGCUGCUUCGACCGCGAGCUGGACUAAUGGGAUCGGUCAAGGGCUACAACCAUCGAGAUCGAUGUCUUCCACUUCGUCUUUCUCGUCUCUUGCUUCUACAGUUGGUGGGACUGGUGGUGUUAGCUACGGCGAGCUUGGUCCUGCGUUCGUGUUUGUGGUUGAUGCAUCUAUGGUGGAGGAGGAGUUACGAGCUUUGAGAAGCGAGCUGUUGCUAGUGAUUGAGCAGUUGCCUGAAAAUUCCUUGGUGGCUUUGAUUACUAGUUUUGAUGAUCACAAGUGUGUUGAAUUGUUGAUUUGA